CAAACAAUACAUUAACCUUCGCUUUUCCCAGAAGCUCGCUUCCUUCGACUUCUUCCUUAUCAACCAAAAUGAACAGCGCCGAGGUGGACGCUCUCCUGAAGCCCCUGACCAUCAAGGAUCUGCGCGUGCAAUGCCGUGCUCGUGGUCUAAGCCCGGCUGGUGGCAUCGAGGCUCUUCGCGAGCGCCUCAAGGAAGCCAUGGUUGAGACCAAGGAUUUUGCCCUGAAGAACGAGUCUGGGGAGGACCUGGCGGUCGUCCAGGUCACCGCUGGGCAAGCAUCCAAGGAUAUCGCAGCGGGCAAGGGCCAGAACAACUACGUCAGGCCCGCAGGGCAAAAUGUCGGCAACUUCAUCACCGACCGCCCGAGCAGCCGUGUGAUCCACGCCCCAGGUGGAGCGUCCCAGAUCGUUUUUGGCGAGUCUGAUGCCCCCAAGGCCGGCAACAAUUACGCGCGACCUGGUGGCCAGAACGUCGGCAACUUCCUUACGGACAAGCCGUCGUCCAAGGUGUCUGCACCGCCCGGUGGCGCUUCCCAGAUCAUCUUCGGCUAGAUUACUGGCUGCAUGCUGCUGCUGCCUUGACGAGAGGACUGAUAUUCGAUGACGCCUAUCUAUGACCAAGGAUCUAUGCAACACAUUAGACGUUUGAGCGUGUAUGACGGUUAUGUUUGUAUGUCGUUAGUCGCCAAGCCGUUUGCACUUGCUUACAGCUGACACACUCGGUGUUGUUGGCUUCUCAUCCUGGCCUGCUACGUAGGGCAAUUUCAAUGGUUGUUUCGUCUGAUGCCGUUGGAUGCUGUGCUAGAUGCUGUGUGGCUUGAUCCCGCAUGACUAGGAUCUCGAAUUCAGGUUCGGAUUCAUUUUACAGUUUUUGACAUGACCCUGUUAACGACAGGAGACGCAAGGGGUGACAUCGUGACAUUGCACUGAACGCAUUACGCAGGUAGACGCAGCUGUUGUGCUUGUUUGGGCCUUUUACUUUUGUAGCUGUACAUAGCCAAUUACAUCAUGCACAGUUCAUUGGAUGUGCAGCCUGCUAAGAUCAGGCAGCAAUGUAAUGUAAGCCGAUGUGGCAUUG